ACAUGUUGUUUUUCUCCAGCAUCAGAGCAGUCACUGGUCUACGCGCGCUGCUCUGUUGUUUUUACCGCAGCGGUCACACUCUUUAGCUGUGGAAUAAAUUAAACGGGUUACCUUUGGCUCUUUUCUUUUUAGUGUGAGUGUUUUUUCCCUAUUCUGGAGAAAUGGCAAGUCCUCCAGCGACGGGAGGACACCUGUUAUCUAAUGGGACGAGUGACGUGAAGAAGUGCGGCUACCUGAGGAAACAGAAACACGGACACAGGCGCUUUUUUGUGCUCCGGGAGCCCACGGAGCGCUGCGCGGCACGACUGGAGUAUUAUGAAAGCGAGAAGAAAUGGAGAAACAAGUCCGCCGCCAAACGCGUCAUAACUUUGGACUCGUGUCUGUGCGUCAACAAGCGCGCCGACGCCAAGCACAGGCACCUGGUGGCCCUCUACACCAAGGACGAGUACUUUGCUGUGGCUGCAGAAAACGAGCAGGACCAGGAGAGUUGGUACACCAUUCUGACUGAUUUAAUUGCAGAGAGCAAAGCGUUUGACAGCCCUGCUUCCACAUCUUCUUUAUUGGGCUUUGAGGAGACCACUUAUGGACAGCUCGCCCCAGCAACAGCUGCCUAUAAGGAGGUGUGGCAGGUCAACUUGAAAUCCAGAGGCCUGGGUCAGAUUAAAAACCUCACUGGAGUGUACAGGCUGUGUUUAUCGAGCCGAAAUAUCAGCUUUGUCAAGCUGAACUCUGAAACACCAGCUGUAAAUCUCCAACUCAUGAACAUCAGGAGAUGUGGCCACUCGGACAGCUUCUUCUUCAUCGAGGUGGGCAGGUCGGCGGUCACCGGGCCGGGGGAGUUCUGGAUGCAGGCGGAGGACCUGGUGGUGGCGCAGAACAUCCACGAGACCAUCCUGGAGGCCAUGAAGGCCAUGAAGGAGCUGUCCGAGUUCAGGCCCCGGAGCAAGAGCCAGUCGGCCAGCACCAACCCCAUCUCCGUGCCCACGCGGCGCAACCUCAACAACCUGCCCCCGAGCCAGACGGGCCUGGUGAGGAGAUCCAGAACAGACAGCAUGGCUGCCUCAUCCCCAGGGAGGAAGUUUAAGUCCUGUCGGAUAAGGACAGCCAGUGAAGGAGAUGGGAGCGUAACCCGGCCUGUGUCUAUUUCAAUACCAAUGAGUGAGAGUCCCACCAGUCCCAGUUCUGGGAAUCACCUCAUCAGGUCCCACACCCUCAGCAAUGGGCGCACCUGCAGAAUACUGGAGUCUGCAUCCAAUCUCCAUCACAGUCGUUCAAUGCCGGUAUCAAACUCUCCUCCCGCUGCUUCCAGCCCCAUCAGCGGGUCUCCCAGAGGAGGAGCAAGGGUCUCAACUCCAGACAAAGCCAGACACCCCUUCAGCUGCAGUGCCUCCAUAUCUGGCUCCCUCAGCGACACUGGCUUCCUCCUCUGCGAUGAUUACAGUUCCAGCCCAGGUGAACCCAAGUUUCUCACUCUGACACGCAGUGACACUCCUGACUCCCUUUCCAGCACACCUCCCUCCCGUGACAUGAGCGACCCUUGCGGCUACAUGCUAAUGGAGGGGGCUAAUGGCAGCAGGUCAAGCUGUGGGAUUGAGGGUCAGAUUUUUGACAAGGCAUAUAGAAAGCGAACACACUCUCUCACCACACCACAGCAACAAAAAGUGGUGACUCCAUUGUCCUCCGCUUCCCUGGAUGAGUACACUCUCAUGAGGAUGGCCCAUGGACAAAACUCCCACUCUGCUUCACCCAAAGUGUGCUAUCCUGAGGAUUAUGGGGACAUAGAAAUCGGUUCAUCCAGGAGCUCCAGCUGCAACCCUGGUGAUGAUGGCUACAUGCCCAUGACGCCAGGUGUAGCACCUCAGUCUGGCAAGACAGAUAACUAUGUGCCAAUGAGCCCCAUGUGUGUCUCAGCACCAAAGCAGAUUGUCAACCCGAGGGUGCAUCCCCAGGCAGCUACCAAUGGCGGCUACAAGGCCAACUCCCCCUGUAGCAGCUCUUUGGAAGACAACGGGUACAUGAGAAUGUGGUGCGGCUCCAAAUCCUCCAUGGACAGCCCUGACAGACAUGGCGAAUACAUGAACAUGUCAGCUGGAAACCCACCCCCUCUGCAGACCCCUCCUGAUUACUACUUGAGCCCACUCGCUGGGGAAUCAGCAUCAAUUAAGUCAGCUUACCAGGCAGGCUCACUCACACUGCCUACAAAACUUUACUCAACCAAGAAUGAAGACAGUGGCCAGUAUGUGUUGAUGAGCCCACAGAGUUCCAGGCAGAGGACUGGGGAGUCAGACUAUUACUCAGUAAUGCAGCCAUGUGCAGCUCAAACAUCACCGUUGAGCCCCUCAGUUCCCUCCCCAGUCAGGCAUCAUCGAGCAGAGAGUCUGUCUUACAAAGGGAGGCUGGGGAGGCCUAACAGGCUGUCUCUAGACACCCUGAGGACCCUGCCCAGCAUGAAUGAGCAUCCCCUUCCCUUAGAACCCCGCAGCCCUGGUGAGUACAUCAACAUCGACUUCAGCAGCAACAGAUCCUCCCCACCGUCUACUGUAUCCACAGAGAGCCAGUCUUCUUCUCUGGGGUCCAGUGGCGGCGGCCCCAGUAGGUCAUCUCUGUCAGACUACAUCAACCUGGACCUGGGCUCACACUCGCCCAAGGGGGCUGACACUGCUGCUGAGCGACUGGACACUCUGCCAGAGCAUUCCUCAUGCACCUGCUCAGAGGAGGAUGUAGUGUACCACAUAGAAAGUGAUAAAAGCUCCCAAAGCUUCAACGAUGAGGUGAAAAAUGACUACACCGAGAUGACAUUUGGGAUGACUAGUUCGCCCCCACAGCUUGUUCCUCAGAACUCAAGUAGCCAGAGCUACAGAGAGAUGAGGUUAUCCCUUGAGGACCAAGGUGUUCCUGAACGGAUCGGGGUCUUCCUGCUUGAAGCAGCAACUUCUUCGACUGUGGACCCGGACCGCUCUGCCAAGGUUAUCCGGGCCAAUCCGCAGGGGCGAAGGCGCCACAGCUCAGAAACCUUCUCCUCCACAGCAACUGUGACCCCGGUCUUUCCCUCAUUCGCAUGCGGCGACACCAUGAAGAGGCCCAGCUCGGUGGAGAACAUCUCGUCGCGCAGCAGCGAGGGUUCUGACGAGGAGUACGACAGUCCCGUGAACCGCCACAGCUCGACCGGCUACUCUAACGGACUGAACUACAUCGCCUUGAACCUGCUAGACAACAGGGAUGUGGAGAAAUGUGGGGACUUGAUUGGCUUUAAACCCACCAACAGCUGCAAAGGGGGCAUCAAUGGAUUACACAGCACUCCUUAUGUCUGUUUGGGUUUCAAGGAGACUGCAACCACUGCCAAAGACUGAAGGACUUCGCUUUUCCUCGGAUUUGGCGUCUUGACCUGCUGCUCGAAAGAAAAACAAGCAAACAAACAAAAAAAGACUUUGCCCUUCUGCUGGGCUCUUUGACCUGAAAAGACUGUGUGGACUCAUCAGCAUCACAAGCCGCCAACGUGCACACGCGUUAGGAAAAAAGCAGGUCCCCAUCUAUAAAUGCAGUGUGUUGCUGAAGGCAGUACAGGUGUGUAUGUGUGUGAGACAAAGAGUAUGUCAGAUGUGUGUUGGUACGUCUCGUGUUCCCUGCACUUUGAGAGGCCAUUUCUCCUGUGACCUACAUUUUGGCACAAGCACAGAAGCAAAGAUAGUCAAGACAAUAACCAAGCUCUAAUGGUACCCAGAUACCAUUUAUUUACUUGAGGGUAGUUUUGUGUUAGUGUGCGAGUGUUUGUUUCUGAAACAAAGUAUGAGCAACAAGUGUGUCAGUGAACCAUAAAACCUUCUACGCACUGUAGGGAUGGAAUACCAAGGUACACUGAGUGCAUAAAAAUAUACAUAAAUAGUAUAGAUUAGAUGUUUUAUUUAGUUUUGGAUGAUGAAUGUCUGAUAAGACCUACCCAAUGCCUUAAUGUGUAUACUGUCCUUAUGUUUUCUAUUAAAUAAGAGCUAAAUAUUCUAUUAGGGUAUAUUUGUUUAGACCUACAUCUCUAUAUUGUUAUUCUUGUGGAAAGCAAAACGCAUAGUUUACCAUUAAAAUAUAUUAUUUCUGAAAUGUACAGAACCAGUUUGGCUGCUUGAGAUCUGAUUUAUUCUAUUAAUAUUAAUACUAAAGUAUUUUCUUAAUGAAUAAUUUCCUAUUCAUUCUAACCAGUUUUAUUUUUUGUGCAAUCAAAGGUUUUGGACUUGUAAAAAUAUAUUUCUAAAUGUCUAUUAAUGUUAUGCAUGUCUUUCUAACUCAGCUCAGACCCUAAAAAACACCAGGCACUGCACCUCCCACAGUUCCUCAGUCACUUGAGCCUGAAAACCUCACACACUCCUACCUUCAAACCAAAGGCUUGUUGUUCUGAUCGACACAGGCCACCCUGCUGUGAUAUCGUUUGACUGUACAACUAUAAAGUUGAUAUGAUAAAGGAGGGGUAGAGCCAAUACAAACUGAACAUCUUUAAAGGUUGGGGGCACAGUUGAGAUGGUUUCUGGGAUCAAGAUAAAUGUGAACACAACUUAAUAGUAUAGGGGAAAAAAUGUAAUACAGUAGCAUUUAUACAGCAGAAUCUGGCACAGUCAUGGGUUUCACAAAAUAAUUGGCCAAAUAGAGUAAUGUGGCGAUUAAAAACAAGGCUGUGCGAAUAUAUUCUUGUAUAAUUUAUGUAAAAAUUCUGAGAUUUUCUAAAUGUGUGUCAGAAAUUAGAUUGGAAUAAUAAAAAUGAAGAACAUACUUCCAAACAGUUAUUACAUUAACAAAACCUAGUUGAUGGCUACUAGUUAUUUUGCCUUUCCCUUUGCCUUUUGUUUAUUUGAUGGUAAGUCAGGUAUUAAAACAACCAAAAGAGAGACGCCUGCCACGGGAAAUUUUAUACCACUAAUCAGGAAAAUUAAGAGCAAAAGAGUUUAGUAGAAAAUCAAGAUAAAUCACUGAAAUUUUUUCUCUCUUGUAAGCUAUGAGGUAGAAAAAUUAAGUGGCUUUUUUGCUGGUACGAAACGGAGGGAAAUGGCAACACAUGGGUACAAAAUGGGUGUACAAAUUAAACCGGCACUUUUGCUAACAUUAACAGUCGUAUGCUAGGAGCUAUCAACAAAACCCUGGACCGUAAUGAAAUGAGCUUAACAAUAUUUUCUUGCUAAUAAGCUAUCAGAUGGUUUUUGAAAACAGUUUUUAUUGCCAUUUAUUAUGACUGCUGUCUUUUAGCUGUCAUCUGUGCCUACCCCAACUGUCUCCAAACCCCUUAGGUGUACAGUAGAUUGUAAAACCUUUACAUGUCUGAAUGUAUCACUGAUUUUGCGGGACCACCGCAGAUUUUAAAUGGUUUUGAAAGUGUUAAAUGAUAUUCGAGCUGUACCGAGCUAACUUAUGACAUCUAUUUAUCUUUAGAGUAUUGUAUAUGUAUAUUGUGUAAAUAUAAAAGAGUUUAUCUUAAAAUAUUGUAUACACAGAGUUCUUAGAUUGACCUAGGUUGCAAUGCUAUUCCUGUGUAAAGACUUUGGCUACAGAUUUUUAAAUGGGGAGGGGGUUUCUUUGGGGCUGUACAGUGUAUUGUAUGCUUUUCUCCCUCACAGUCUCUGAUUAUUUGAGAAUAAAAAGAAAUCUUGGUUUAUUUUAUUAUAGAGAUCUAUUGCCUUGUUAACACACUUUACCUAAUGGCAUAUGCAAUAGUGACAUGAAGCAAAAAUAGUUUACAACUUUGGAACCAAAUGUAACAUUGCAUUGAUCUUUUUUUCCAAUAAACAGGAGCUAUUUUGCUCCUUGUAUAUUUUUUCUUUCUGCCAAGUGUUUUUCAUUGAUGGGAAUUUUGUUCUUGACAUCUCUGAAAGUGAUUUUCCCAUUUCUGCGUCUCUGAACGGAUUGUUCUUUAUUUGGAUUGAAUCAGUCUGAAUGUGUUGUCUUCCAUUGUACAUAGUUCAAUAUACUGUUUAUUGUGAUGCUCACGAGAUAAAUAUGAUUUAUAAAUUCUGGUAGUCAAGUAUUGCUUUUGUCUGUAUUAAUUAUGGAUAGCAACCAACAUAAAUAAAGUAAAUUAUUAAAACA